GGAGAAAGAUUUUCUAGACGUUGAUCUUACGAACCACUGUAUCGGACGUAGGUUAUAUAAUCCAACGUUUUCUUCGUUGAGUCUCCGGCGACCGUUUCUGCGUCAGAGAGGACCCAAUACUCCCUCCGCCACUCUCAAUUUCCCGCCGAUGCAUUCGCUAUUCAAACCUCGCCUUUCAUUUUGCUCCCUCAAUCACUUCUAUCGCUCCUCAACUUUCAUUUCGGGAGACGCAACAUCAGGCACUACAGUUGGAAGAAGCUCUACAUUCAUCCAUCCAACUGCUAUCGUACAUCCAAAUGCUGUUAUUGGCGAGCAGGAUGGGUAUAUUGGUCCAUUCUGUACUGUGGGAGCCUUUGCAAAGCUGGGAAAUGGUUGCCAAUUGCAUCCUGGGAGCCACAUUUUUGGGAGCACAGAAUUAGGGGACCGAUGUGUCUUGAUGACUGGCGCUAUAGUUGGUGAGGACAUUCCUGGUCGCACAGUCAUUGGGUGUAAUAACAAAAUAGGUCACCAUGCAGUGGUUGGCAUUAGAUGUCAAGACAUGAAAUAUAAGCCAGGGGAUGAAUGUUUUGUUGAUAUUGGAAAUAACAAUGACAUAAGAGAGCACUCAUCAGUCCAUCGAUCUUCGAAGUCCAGUGAUGUGACAGCUAUUGGUGAUAACAAUCUCAUCAUGGGUUCCUGUCAUAUUGCUCAUGAUUGCAAGAUUGGUAACAACAAUAUUUUUGCAAAUAAUACUCUUUUAGCCGGCCACGUGGUGGUGGAGGACUAUGUUCAUACAGGAGGCACCACUGCAGUUCAUCAAUUCUGUCAUGUUGGUUCUUUCUCAUUUGUUGCUGCGGGUUCAAUGGUUUCACAAGAUGUCCCCAAAUAUAUGAUGGUGGGGGGAGAAAGACCAGAACUACGUGGUUUAAAUCUAGAGGGACUUCGGCGCAAUGGAUUCACAGUGGAAGAGAUCAUUGGCUUGAGAUCUGCAUACAGGAAGAUAUUCAUGUCUGCUGAUGCAAAUUCUGAAGGGUUGGAAGAACGUCUCAACGAAGUGGAACAGCAUGAAAAAUUGGCUCGCAUAUCUUCAGUUCGUUCCAUGAUUCAGUCAAUUCGUGCGUCGUUUGAACAAAAUCGUCGGGGCAUUUGCAAAUUCAGACUAUGGAGUAGCUCUUAAGUAAGAAUGUGCUCACCUGUCUAAUAAAAAAGCUAUUUUCCCUUCCUGAGCACACUUACAAAUUAUUCUCUACCUUGUUCCUGAAUAUAGAGGCAACAAUUUAGACCGUUUGAUCUAUAGACGAUUUGAUCCUAAUCAUGCAAUUAAUCUUCUAAUUAUCAAGCAUCGGUUUUGAAGUUUCACUUUGAAAAAUGAAUCAGGGCGCAUGAGCUCUUGGGAAAAAAUACUUGCACUUGUUAUAGAUGUUAGUUUUCUCUUCUGGUGUCGUAGUUUUUACAAUUUUGCUCUAACAGUUGCUGCCUGAUUAUUAUUGUCUCCACCAGAUACUGUUAAUUGGUGGAGUAUUCAAGAGUUGUAUGACAUUUGUAAGAUCGUUAAGGUCAGCUCCUUGAAACAUGGAAAUGAAAAGGAAAGAAAACUCUUCAGCUUGACCUACCAGAGGUUCUCUUUUAGGUAAUCCAAAACAAUAUUUCCAAGUUAACGCAGCCUCUGACUUUGAAAGUUGUUUUCAAGAAAAAAGAAGUUAACCUACAAGCCUAGUUUGUCCUAGGUUUCAAUACGUUACUGAUUUACUUCUUAAAUUUUGAGUUCGGUUGCAAUUUAGGUUCCAAAAUAUUAUAAUUUUACCUUCGAUAUAUGUUUGAAUUUGGUUAUAAGGUUUCAAGAUGCGCACUUUUAGAGUUUGUUUGGUUCAGUAGUUUGGAAGUAGGAUUUGGAAAGUCAAAGUUGUGAAUUUCAUCCCUUGUUUAGUCCAAGAAGUUCGUGGACUCUAGGAGUUCAUGACUCUAUAUUUCGUAACUCAUAGUUUUUCAUUGUUUCA